CCCUGCCUCCAAACUGCCUGGGGGGUGAUGUGCUGAAGUGGCACGGGGAGAGCAGCAUGAGCCUCCAGCUGGAGAAGCAGCUCCUGUUCCUCUCCCUGCUCUGCAUCCUCUCCAAGGUUUGUGCCCAGCUGUGCCGGCGGCCCUGCUACUGUCCCUGGGUGCCACCGCGCUGUCCCCGAGGCUCCCCGCUGGUCCUGGAUGGCUGUGGCUGCUGCAAGGUCUGUGCCCGGCGCCUGGGAGAGCCCUGCGACUUCCUGCACGUCUGUGACCAGAGCCAGGGCCUCGUCUGUGACUACAGCUCAGCACCUGCGGGGACAGCAGGCACCUGCAACUUUGAGGACGAUGAGGAGGGCUGCGAGGUGAACGGCCGGCUCUACCGAGACGGGGAGGUUUUCCAGCCCAGCUGCAAGAUCCAGUGCCACUGCCUGGACGGGGGCUUCACCUGUAUCCCGCUGUGCCAGGAGGAUGUGCGGCUGCCCAGCCCCGACUGCCCCUUCCCCCGGCGCGUGGAGAUCCCAGGGAAAUGCUGCCCCGAGUGGAUCUGCCAAGGUGCCCGGGAGCAGCCCCUGCCCCGCGAUGCCAGGGCAGCCCCCGGGGCGGUGUCCCCGCUGCUGCGGUACCCCUGCCCGCCGUGGGGCACGGAGUGGAGCCCCUGCUCGGCCACCUGCGGGCUGGGCUUUGCCAGCCGCGUGUCCAACCAGAACCGCCUGUGCCGCCUGGAGACCCAGCGGCGCCUCUGCUCGGCCGGGCCCUGCCCGGCCCUGCCCGCAGCGCUGCCCGCGAGGGCAAGAGGAGGUCGUUUGUAGCUGUGCCCACCCUGGAUUCACCCUGGAGCCAACACCUCAUCCUGCAAAGAGUCUGGCACAAACCCAUGGCACUGUGGUUAUGGUGAAGAUGGAGGGUGUUUCCACUGGGAAAACAGAGAGGAAAUGAUGGACUUUGGCUGCAAGGGAGGCCUGGAAACAGAGAACAAGAUCCCCGUGUCACCCAUCACCUGCCUCCUCUGCACACCCCACUGCCCCAGGCAGGGGUACUGGGCAGCAUUCCGAGUUCCUUAGGCUGAAUGAAAUGGGAAAUGGGGAAAUCCUGCUCCAAGCAUAAACCCACCCAAGAAACCAGGAAUUGGUCUUUUCCUGGAGCAGUGAGGCUUCUGAAGAGAUGAUGCUGCUUCUCUGCCACAUCACGCAGCUCUGCUUUGCAGGGACUUCAGGAGAGACCUUCUCCAGCACCUGGAAGCCAAAAUCCCUGCAGGGAACCCUCAUGCCCUGGCCCCCCAGGGAGGGAGCAGGUCAUCGAGCUCCCUGUGACCCCACAAGUCACUGCCACACCAGGCUGAGCUGCUCAGCCAUGCAGGAGCUCAGCCAGCCCACGGAACCCACCCUGCCUUCCCGGGUAUGGGCAGGGUCCUGCUGAUGGCAGCUCUAACUCACCUUCCCCUCAUCCCUCCAGAAUAAACACGAGCCUUCCCGCUCUGCCUGGCCUCCUCCUCUGGUGGUUUGGCAGGGCUUCGGCAAGGCAGGAGCUCAGACAGCAGCAGACAGACCCGCCUGCCAUCCAAGCACAUUCCCCGCGAGCCGGGGCCAAGGGAGAAGCAGGGAAAAGGGAAAACAAAUCGCAAAGAUGAGUCGGGGCCGUCUCCCGACGGGCUGGAGCUGCUCCAGCCAUGCAGGAGUCGGCGCAGGAGAGCUGCUCGGCUGCUCUGGCUGUACUUUGUCCCAGGGAGAAGUGCUUCUGGGUGAUGGAAAGUGAAACCCAAAUGCCCUCUAACGGCCUCGCACAGAUGUGCAGAGGGAACGCGCGGCUGGAAGGAGCCGCGGUUUGGGUGACGCGUCCAGGUGAGAGAUGGACUUCUUAGAUGGGUAUUUCUGGAACUAAAAAUAAAGAUGUGCUCAUCCAGGAGUGGAGCUUGUGUGUGCAGGGCGAGCCCAGCCCUGCUGCUCAGGGCCAGCUCGGUGGGCGCAGGAAAGUCCUGGCACAGGGUGGGGCAGUUUGGAGGCACCUCAGUUCAGGCUGCUUAGAGUAAGGGAAGGAAAAAGAAAAAAUGUGAAUCAAAGCACUGAACACAAUAUUACAAUUUAUUACAUUUUGGUUUAAAUCCUUCACUCUAACCCAGCCAUAAGCUCUGCUGAUGGCACAGCCCUGGCCAUAGCAGUGCCCAGGUCUCCAGUGCUGGGAUGUGCAGGAGAGCAGGGCAGGGCAUGGCACUGCUGCUGUGUCUGCAGCCACAGAACAGCCUCUUAGCUCCCAAAAAUCAGUGCCAAAACUCCCCUGUAGGUCAUCCCUCCUACUGCCAGGCCCACACUUCCUCCAUUCCCCUGGGCUGGGAUUUCCCCAGCGUGGUGCAGCACCAUCCCCAGCUCACUGUGCUCCUGAGCAGGGCAGGUCUGGGGGUGAAGGGACCAGAGCCUGAAUGGCAGGGGAAGCUCCUGUCUCCAGCCCAAGGAAAAGCCUCCCCUGCAGCAGCAGAAAUGCAGCAGGCCCAAGGCAGCUCAU